AUUUAUCGAACACGAAUCCCCCUGUUUAGGAAUUAUCAUAAUGUUUUCUUCUUAGUACUUUUAUUUCUUAUAAAAUCAGCGCUCAUAUUGCGAAAUGUCAAGAUUUCUAUUGUCCUCCAGGAGAUUGAUACCGCAGCACGAUUUUUUGCUUGCCGGUUCGUGGAUUUCGACCUUUCAGCAUUCUCGACGAGGAAAGGCCUCAACUCCCAUAAACAUGUGUGUUAUGUUUGUACCGCAACAGGAGGCCUGGGUGGUGGAGCGCAUGGGACGGUUUCAUAGGAUACUGGAGCCAGGCCUCAACGUACUGGUGCCUGUUGCGGACAAAAUCAAAUACGUGCAAAGCCUGAAGGAAAUUGCUAUUGAUGUUCCGAAGCAGAGUGCUAUUACGUCGGACAAUGUCACUCUCAGCAUUGACGGAGUACUAUACUUGCGUAUCAUCGAUCCAUACAGAGCUUCUUACGGAGUGGAGGACCCUGAGUUUGCAAUAACACAGUUGGCCCAAACCACGAUGCGAUCUGAGCUGGGCAAGAUGUCUCUGGACAAGGUCUUCCGCGAGCGAGAAUCCCUUAAUGUCAGCAUUGUCGACUCGAUCAAUAAGGCGAGUGAAGCAUGGGGUAUCGCCUGCUUGCGUUAUGAAAUCCGAGAUAUACGUCUGCCAACCCGAGUCCAUGAAGCGAUGCAAAUGCAGGUUGAGGCAGAGAGGAGGAAAAGGGCGGCGAUUCUGGAAUCAGAGGGAGUUCGUGAGGCCGAAAUUAAUAUUGCCGAGGGCAAACGGAAGUCCAGAAUCCUAGCCUCUGAGGCUGAGCGACAGGAGCAUAUAAACAAGGCCAGUGGUGAAGCGGCUGCCAUUAUAGCCGUUGCGGAUGCCAGGGCUCGAAGCCUGUUGGCCAUAGCCAAGUCACUGUCUAAUUUGGAUGGACAAAAUGCUGCUUCCCUGACAUUGGCCGAGCAGUAUAUUAGCGCGUUUAAGAAUCUGGCUAAGACGAAUAACACGAUGAUAUUGCCCUCAAAUCCUGGAGAUGUUAAUAGUUUCGUUGCGCAGGCACUGGCGGUAUACAAGCACGUCUCCAAUUCAAACGCCGCCAGCAUCCAGCCCUCCGAAGGCGUUAAAGCGGUUGGUUCCUGCCUCAACGCGAAAAAUGUUGAGUACAACCAAUUGAAUGAGGAUAAAGCCAGUGUGAAAAUGAAUAUUGAAUAAGAGUGAAUAAAUGAUUGUUGCUAUUAA